GUGAAAAAGAAGAGUAAUAGUCAAAGUUUCUAUCUUUCUUCUCUCUCUCUCUUUGCUGCUUCUACUGUAUCGGUCGAGCUCGGUUUUUGCUUGUCUUCUCUUUCAUAGGGUUUGUGGUUGUGUGAUAGUGGCGUCUGAUGGCGUCGUCGGAUCAGGGGCCAAAGACAGAGGCGGGAGGAGGUGGAGAGAGCUCGGAGACUGUGGCGGCGAGUGAUGAGAUGUUGCUGUAUAGAGGGUUUAAGAAGGCGAAGAAGGAGAGAGGCUGUACAGCUAAAGAGCGUAUCAGUAAAAUGCCGCCCUGCACAGCUGGCAAAAGGAGCUCCAUUUACCGUGGAGUCACCAGGCAUAGAUGGACAGGUCGUUAUGAAGCUCACCUUUGGGAUAAGACUACUUGGAACCAAAACCAGAACAAGAAGGGCAAACAAGUUUAUCUAGGAGCAUAUGAUGAUGAAGAGGCCGCUGCUAGAGCUUACGACCUUGCUGCAUUGAAAUAUUGGGGACCUGGUACACUUAUCAAUUUUCCGGUGACGGAUUACAGCAGGGAUUUAGAAGAAAUGCAAAACCUCUCAAGAGAAGAGUACCUUGCAUCUCUGCGCAGAUAUCCCUUUGGCAGAAAAAGCAGCGGUUUUUCUAGAGGAAUAGCUAAAUAUCGUGGACUUCAAAGCCGAUGGGAUGCAUCAGCUAGUCGUAUGCCUGGACCUGACUACUUCAGCAACGUGCAUUACGGUGAUGAACGAGGAACAGAAGGUGACUUUCUAGGAAACUUCUGUCUGGAAAGAAAGAUCGAUCUAACGGGAUACAUAAAAUGGUGGGGUGUCAACAAACCCCGCCAACCAGAAUCUUCGUCAUCAAAAGCAUCAGAGGAUGCAAAGAUAGAAGACGCCGGUACCGAGCUUAAGACACUGGAACACACAUCCCAUGCAACAGAGCCAUUUAAAGCGCCAAACCUCGGCGUCCUUCAGAGAAAAGAAAAACAAAUAUCAUCUUCUGCUUUAAGCAUCUUGUCUGCCUCACCUGCUUACAAGAGCCUUGAGGAGAAAGUGCUGAAGAUCCAAGAAAGCAGCAGCAGCGUUAGAGAGAACGACGAGAAUGUGAAUCGUAACAUCAUCAAUAUGGAGAAGAGUCAUGGCAAGGAGAUAGAGAAACCGGCCGUGAGUCUUGGUAGUGGUAGUGCUUUUUCUCUUCAGAAAAGCAUGUACCCACUUACCUCUCUCUUAACUUCUCCGUUGCUAACCAACUACAAUACUUUGGAUCCUCUCGGAGACCCUAUUCUCUGGACACAGUUUCUUCCUCCAGGGUCUUCUCAUACUUCAGAGGUGACAAAGACAGAGACAAGCUGCUCCACAUACAGCUGCCUCCCUCAAGAGAAGUGAGCCGUUCCCUUUAUAGUCUUUCUGUUUGUCUGAUUCUCUCUAGUCGUGAGAUGAAUUUGUCGACUUGACAUAUCUUUUUUUAUCUCUCUUAUGGGAGUAGUGUGGCUAAUAGUCUGAAGCAUGAGUGUACAGGUUUUGUGUGUGUUUUCUAGUGUGGAAUAUAUAGAAUCAUUAUAUUUUUAUUUUAAAAAAGUUAUCAAUA